AUGUGCUGUCCACCCGAGGAGGCGAAGCCUACCUUCCAGGAGAAAUCGUCAACUUGCCAGUACCUCUUCGACCGAAAACCCUGCAUCACGGGCCAGUUGCGCUGUCCCUCGCUCUUCUUUUUUGGCCAAUUUCUGCGCUCCUUCCUCUCUGGAUGCUCUGACUCUGAGUACCAGCGUGUCUUUCACUCACUUGUGCACUCCUGCUUUGGACAAAACUUCUGGUUAAGGCUGACCAACCUUAUCUGCAAAAAGGCUGGUGAGUGGAGACCCCUGUCUGCAUGAAUACUCAUGUCGAACGGUCUGAAAGCGUGUGCUAUGCCAGUAUCAGCAAACCAUGGCCCCCGCAGCCUGGUAUGCGCUGGCAGGUCCUUGACACCUGGUUUCCUGCCGGUAGAUGCGCUUGCGCUCCCGUUGGGUAUACAGGUGGUGGGCAUGGCUGUCUGGUCAUCAUCCUUGUCCUUUUCACCCCUGUUGGGUUGCCGUUGCUGUUGUCGAAAAAUCCUGGUCAUUUGCUAUGUGGGUCAGGGGGUGUGGUGGCACGCCUAGAUGCGGGUUCGGUCGUGCCAACCACCUGCGCCCUUCCCCCGGUCUUCUUGACUCUGUCUUGACACCGGGUUCAGGUGGGGAGGAGGAGAGUGCGGUAGAUGCUACGCAAGUCUGUUAUCACUAUUAACUAACUCACGCGCAAGUCACCGUGCCUGCUGCAUCUUGCUGUGUAGCACACGGUGGACAUCUUCGGAAUCGACGGUCGGACUGUCAUAGUGACAGCUCCCCCAAUCCCAUAUCUGCAUCGUAAGCGAGUCUUUCGUCAGAAUCAAAUUAUUCAGUUGACUUCCAGGUUGUAAAAAAUCCAAAUCUGUUAGUCAGUUAAAUUUUUUGGAUCUGCCAAAGUACCCAGCUAUUCACACACUGAACGGCUCACCAUACUGGCAGCACGCAUACUAGCUGAAAGCUUACAUACAUGUGUUGACGAUUUUAUGCCUCUGCGUGACUCAACUGCAGGGGUUUCGGCCAGUUGGUGAGUCUCCCAACGUUCAGGGUGUCUUGGUGGUUUCCAGUUCGUACAUGCAAAUCAACUUUCGGGCCGAGUCAAGAAAGGUUUGUGCCGAAGAAUUUACUUCUGAUUCGCGCAUUAAGUUCCGAAAAAAUAAAGAGUCCAACCCACACAUUUAUUCGCCGUUGUCUGCUAGUGUUGUUGUUGUCGUUGGUGAAGAAUCCUGGUCAAGUGUAUGUUGUGGACCAGGGGGUGUUGUGGCACGCCUACAUGCGCGUCCGGCCGUGCCAGCCACCUGCGCCCACCCUCGCCUCCGGUCAUUUUGACUCUGUCUUGACACCGAGUCCAGGUGGGAAAUGGGGGAGAGAGGGCGUGUUAGAUGCAGCGCAAGUCUACAUUCACUAUAAACUAAACCAAGCGCAAGUCACCGUGUCUGCUGCACUUUGCUGUGUAGCACACGGUGGACAUCGUCGGAAUCAACUGUCGAACUGCCAUAUAUGCAUAGUAUCCAACAGGAAUAUCGGAAUGCCCCUGAUGACACGUGCUUCUUCCGUUUGGCCUCUAGUCUAGCAAUAUACUGCAUAUUCACAAAGGCACUGCGUCCGCUGUGUCAUAACUUAAUUUUUAACUUAUGGACACCAGACAGACCUUGCUGGAAGACGAAAGACUGUCAUUAGAAUCUCUGUUUUAUGUCAAAAGGAUUUUUGACAAGACUGCCACGCUUACGCUCCAGGUCGCUCAGCAGACCCUCUGUAGAUCUCAUGGGUGACGUUGUUACUGUAAGCGCCUCUGUUUUUAAAAUGCAACGGCAUGGCCGCAGGAGCCAUACGUAGGCAGACAACAGCAAUUAAAGCAUAUCAAUCACUUUUUAGCUCCCAUCUAGGGGAACAGUACCGCGAUAAAUCCUAUAAAAAUCGACUACCAUUUUACCAACACCCUCUACUUAAUGAAGUCUGUAUCACUUUUUCUUACCCCAGGGGUCUACUUGACCUCCCCCUCAUGCUGGAAGCCGUGAUUUGGAAAAGCUGAGUCGGGUUAACAUCGUUUUAUGGGUGAGAAGCGUGAUUCCUACUAUCAACGAACGUCUAUAUCAUAUCUCACUUUGAGCACCGACGCGACAAAAACGUCCGAGUUUGGUCCCACAUGAUCCUUUUGGCUAUGCGCACGGUGUGUAUUAGGUCGUUAAAUAUGAGCGAAUAUGAAUGAAUGGAGGUUGUCCGGCGCUUUAUGACGCGUUUACUUAUGCUGCGUGAUAUAGUCCACUCGUGGUUACUUGCCAACAACUCCUUAUUAAAUUUGCUGGGUAAAAGUUUAAGACAAACCGGUAUUAACUGUUUCCGGACAUUGCAAACCUGCUACAAAAGUUCGUCAUUUCGCGUUUCGCAGAUCACAAAUUGGUUGUCCGUUGGCUGGCUAUUUAACAUACACAGCCUUCAAUAGGCGGCAGUGGCUGCCCAAUCGAACGAUUUUUCCUUGGGUGUCAGUCUGCUAGUCCGCUGGUCAUAUGAAUAAAUCCGCCAAAACAUCUUGUGUUCUCACUUGAAUGUUAGACCUUACAAAUCACUAAUAAUGGAUAAUUGCUCAUUCCCACAUCCUUUGUCUCCACUUAGUAUUCCGUCACUUACCGCCUCAACUCACUGAUUUCCCUUCUUACUCAUUUUUUCCCCCUCAUUAGGGCAUUAUUAGACAUCUCUACCACUAACAAGUUAAGCGGCAUCAGUUUUACAAUUACUCCUUCGGCAUUAUUGCUUUUGGUACCGAUGAGCGUGUGUUGAGGUUGAUGAUGAUGGUAGUUUCGCAUGUGCAACCCCGGCUCCGACCAUGUGGUUUUCCUAUUCGUCCCAUUCCUCUCUAGGGGAGCUUCCAGAGGAGGAGUUGACUGUGCGCCUCUUUUUGCGGCGCGUCUUUUUGGAUCCCCUCGGACUGCCCGUGACCGUGAGACCCACCUGGAGUGACCUUGAGGAGGAUCAGACCAUUAGUUCGCCGAGGUCCGGCCCCCGCUCCACCUGCAGCACCCUCCAUUCUGCUGCUACCUCCAGCUCCACUUCCUUUAUAUCCCCCUCCUCCCAACUGCCGGAACGCACCUUUCAACGUCUUUCACUCACUCCUCAUUCCGAGGCCGUUUGCAACUCGAGUGAUCCCGCAUUCGCAAAUGUCAGUACAGAAAGGUGAGAUUUAAAAAAGGGGGGAUUAAUUGGCUCUUUGGUGUGUUUUAUUGUGACUUGCCGGUACACAGUGAGAUGUUCAUAUCCGAAAAUUCUCAAGUUUUGCACUUUUUCGCCUUUGUGGACACCUAUCCGGCUGAUAUCCCGUUGUAUGCGGUGUCCCAAAGGACACGUUUUCACGCCUCAUGACCUACGUAGAUGCAGAUACAGGAGUCACGUGCCUUUAUAACGUUCACUAACGGCAAUUGUGGAUUAUUGGUCUACUCUGGCGCAGAUGUGCAGGCACAAUCGUGCCCAUAUUCCCUUCGCUUCCUAGGGUUAGCUGGUGCUGAGUGGUUGUCAACCGCUGUUGUAGCCUGGAAAUUUGUAUGGUUUCGCAUCCGACCCACAUAGUCCAGACAAUAUCAACUUGCACAAGUGAAAAAAGCCUCAGAGUAAUAUGUCGGUGGUCCUCAUAAGGGGCUACGUUGAGUCCCCUAAAGUCAGUAGGUGCUGCUGUACUUGCAUGUGGUGGUACUCCCUAGGGGGGGGGGUGGGGUGGGAUUACUAUACUUUUUAUCGUAUCCGAUGUGUCCACCUGAGAAUCCUGUGAUUACCGAAGCGUAUUUACGUCCCUCUGCUAAAGUAACAGGGUAAGUAAGGUUAAAAAAACGAAUUGUAUAUCAAGAAAUUAUUUGAUGUUGUCCUUCUGAUUGCACACUGUGACAGGGGUCACUUCGCCGUACCGGGAGUUUCAUGAGUUACGUCACAUACUGUGCAGGAGAAGAUUCUGUAAUUCCCUUACAUCAGGCCUUGUUUUGCUGUUCUCUGUAAAACGCGCCUAAGCCCCAUUGAAUCACCAAACGGCAAACCCUGCUUUAUCAUGGCCUUCCUUACAAUUACUGUCCAGGUACUACCGGCCUAAUAAAUGCAACACUACAUCCACCCCCACCCCCCCUUCACCACCUUUGUUUGUGCCGACUCCAUCGCGCACCCACGGUCCCACCUCUACCGAUAAUUCACCUUCCAUCUCUCUGCACCCCAGCAAGGGCUUAUCGAUCGGCCCCUAACAGACGAGCAGCCUUGCACUUUACACCUCCAACCCUUCUAGUCCCAACAUUUUCGUCGUGCAGCUCAUGCGAUCCACGUGGACGUGAGGGACACAUGUUGACGAUGGGGGACGGGGGGGGGGAGUGGGAAUCGAUUUUACCGGCUUAUCAGAACUAAGGUCCACGCGCGGCGUCGCCACGUUCGCUAACGCGGCCGACUUUGUUAGCAGACGUCACGACCGCGAAAACGCUUAUCUGCCCACUGCAGCAGGCAACAUGUAACAUGUUAAUCUCAGUUAGAAGGGAUCACUCAUCAGGGGGGUUCUCCUAUCAGCACGGUACCCGGCUCUCUUACGCGCAUGAAAACAGAUGAUGAGUCCAGUGAUUCUGAUUUGAUUUGCAAGUCACGUAUAUUAGCUAAGUGCUUCGCAACGUUUCAUCUUUUUUCUACGUCACGGCUACAUAAAUACUUUGCUCACUAAGUCCGUCAGAGAUGUUCUUGUCAUUGUUUGCUAAUAUCGGUAUGCAGUAGUUGACGUGUCUCAUUAGGCCCUUACUGAAGUUUCGAAAUAUUAUUUCGGUUAGAAAGGACUACUUCGAUGAGCUUCUAGUACUUCAGUCACUGCGGGAUGCCGGUUUUCGAAUGCGCGUCUUUCCGGUAGUCUACAACUAUUGUACUCGCUAAAAAUUAUUCAUUCCAAUGAUCUUCCGUGCGCUUGUAAAUCCUAACAUUUUUAUUGAAGGCGUACACAAAAAAUAUCCUUUCUUGUAUUCAUUAUGUAUAAAACUGUAUCUUAUUUUUUCUACUUCAACAAAGCGUACCCUCUGGUUUAAAAAAACUACUUUCAGUUAUGGAGUAAUUUUGAACCCUGCUUUUCGUUGUAUUUGCGUUGAGGGUUUCCGUACCAUAAGCCGCACACUUUCCAUUUAAGAAAUUGUACAAUUUUCUAUUGCAUAGAGAAGGCGUUAUAUAGGGCUCGUAAAAUUUUGCCACGGAUAUUGACCACUUCAUUAAUUAACGGCAAAUACGAGGUCAUUUGGAUUGACAUAUCACGGUCUUACAAAUAUCACAAUUGCAAGCGUUUAUUAAACCAACAGAUACCCCUUCUUUGUUCCGAACACUAGAAAAAGACGUAAUUUGCUAAAACAAAAUACGGAAAAGGAGGGAUAUUUCACGUAGGCCUUCUAUAAGUUAUGCGUGGAUUUAUAAAAGCAUCGAAAAUUAGGAAAAGUUCUGUUUAAAUGAGCAGUCAGUUUUAGCCAGCACGUUUUUUACAGGCAGCUGGAAAGAAGCGUGUUUGAAAACCUUUAUUCUGAUGUGACUGAAGUAUUCUGAAAAUGUCCAGCGCAAUAUUCAGCAUUGCAAUACCACCUAAAUAUUCCUUUCUAACCGAUAUCAUAUUUCAGAAUUUCAGUCAAUGUUUCUUGAGUUGCGUCAUUUACUGUAUAAACAACAAAAUACUCUCUAAAACUUGCGCCCUAGCAGACUUGACUUGGAAGUUCGCCCACUCACGGCAUCGCCCGGUUCCCCUCCGGACUGAGAGUCAGACUGCGAUGGCCUCUUCUUGAUACGGCCUUUCUAGUAGUUUUUUUUCUUUGCGAUCGCUGAGACCCCUCUCAUUGAACUCCGACACCUGCAGAAUUAGGCGCCAUCUCGUGUGUAGUACGCGUAGCCGAGCCGUUUAGCUUUGUCAGUCACUGGGUCUUGUCCCGUCCCCUGCCGCCCUAACUUUGUCUUUCCAUCGGACCACUUAGGGCUUGAGAAGAAAUUAAACCACGCUGGACGCAGGGCAAGUCUGUGGCAUGCUAAACACAUUUAUACCAAGUCGACUCUUGGAAAUGUGUCUUUCCCGCUUCCUUCGUAGGACGUAGGUGGUGUAAGUGAAUCUGGCUCUUGUGCUUUCAGUCGUCACCGACGUAAUGACAACAGCUUAGUGAAUCAAGUUGACGGGUAUGCGACAAAAACCCCCGAAGACGAGGCCUGUCUAAAAUGAACGGGUUGGGAUAUCUUCAAGACCAGAAAUUGUCUAGAGUGUGAUAUGUCUGUCUGCUCAAGCCGAGAUUGAGUGUUAAAAGAAAACCGAUGGUAAAGCAUCCACGGCGAUGAAAUGAGCGGCAGGUUCUGUACGGAACUACUGAAAUUAUAAACUGUCAGAUACGGUGUGGUGUCGAUGACGGUCUUGAACCACAUUUCUUCACACACGAGUAGCCUAUUUUAAUCAACUGGCGCGUGGCUCAAUGGCAGAACAUCAAUCUUAGAACCACUUUAUGGUUCAAAUCUCAGCUUAUUCGAACCUGAUAUUUGACAAGGCUGACCGAGGACGGCCAAUAAGUUAGAAGUGACCGUCUUAGGCUCUCUUAUCCAUUUCGGCAUGCCUUCCUAUUUAAGUCUUGCCUUCGCCCUAGUGGAUGGCGUAUUCUUUGCCGUCGUCUUUAUAACAGAUCUUCAGACUAGCAUGAGGAUGACGGUACUUUUCUGUUUUCUAGUGUUCUUCGCACCAUCGCCGAUGAAUCACCCAACCCUCUUCGGUCCUCUUCGGGUCUCAUCACUUCCACGCCGAUCGUUUUUUCCAACAGCUCCCUCAAAAUCAACUCUCCACGACCCGAUCUCUGGGGCGCCGCAAACGUCUUGUUUAACAUCCUUAGGUCUUACCCCUUCGUUCACCAAGCCAGGCUCCUCUUCAUACUCUACGGCCCCGUUCACAAAGGUGAGUCUUUCUAAUGGGGCGGUAGUCUGAAGUAUAACCAUCAAGAAAUUAGGCACUUCAACUUGAAAGCUCAUCUGGCCAUCGUAAAACUGCCAGAAAACCCCCUGAUUAUGGAUGGUGUAAUGCAGUUGUUCACACUUUGCACGCAUUUAGUCCUUUUUUGCAGUCCCAUCAAGAUGGUCGUCGAAUUAAAACCAGAUAAAUCCGCUUACACAGUCGACUGGCGAGGCUCUUUUAACUCAAACGAGACGGCAUUAGACGUGAAUUAUGAGUGCCAAUGAUUCGGCUUCCGCUGUGGCGCACAUUUUCCCGUUAAAACAGGAAUUUUUGGUCGGAUGUGGUUUGGUAGCCCCACCUGAAGAAAACAAACCUCAGUUACCUCUAAAAGAGGACCGGUGGUAAUAGGGGAUUUUACAGGUGGAGCUGGGGAACGCACAUGCGACGAGGUCAAGUAGUUGUAUGCAAAAGAAAAGCUAUUGGGAGUGCUUGAUUGUACUUUCAACGGUUGGGAAAUAGUUGCGCUAACCCCUAACCCUAGCCCCUAACUAUAACCUCUAAUCCUUAACCCCAACCCUAACAGUAUUGUGUCCAUUACGUGGGGCUACCAAACUACAUCUUACGGAAGUCUUUGCCGGUACGGUCAACGCGGACUGUUUAGAAAGAUUUAAAAUCGGAAGUCAGCGCGCCGCUGGGUAUGACCCAACUAGGCAUUCUAUCUUUUCAUUUUGACACAACUGUGAAAAACUCGGCAAACUCAGUAUUAUUCAAACCCACGACACCAAGGGGAAGGCAUGAGUACCGCCAACGCCCUAGCCACCUGCCAAAGCACCUGUUAAUCAGAUUGGCCUGAUAGUCAUCUGAUGGAUUCUAUGCUGACUAUUUAGGAAAUCCUGCUUGAACGGUCAGCUUACUGUGUCAGGUUUGGGCGGGCAACUCGGUCCAAUUGUGACUGAAGUUACGGCUCCGGGUGAAGCACCAUAACCCAGGUGGCAAGAGCGUUGGCUGUACUUAAGCUUUCCCCUUGUCGUGGCUCCGAAUCCCACCGAGGUUGUCGAGUUUCUCACAGUUGGGUCAAAAUGACUCAUUCAAAAUCAGCCAAAACGCCUAUUAAUUCUGUCUGUAUUGUAGUCCUACCCAACUAGUAUUUUCUGUUUCAUAGGACAUUUGGUCGUCUUUCAUUUGUCAGGUUUUUGCGGUGGUUACCUCUUUUCUCUUUCCUAGGAGCUCAUAUGUUCUAUCGGAAACUUGCUAACCUGUCAGAUAUUCUGUGAUUUCCGUACAUCAUUCUCAGGUAAACUAAUGUGGAAUAUAAUGUGCGAGAACACUGCCGCCGAUGUCAAACAACUGUCAGCAUGCUUCGGCGAGCUGGGCUGUGUUUUCAGUAACAUGUGGCUGUCCGGCAUGUGGUCGGCCGACGACACUGUCGCAGUUCUGAACGAAGUGACCGCAAUCCCUGACGGCUGGCUAGCGGAAAACGUGGCCUGCCUGCUUCACGCGGCCGGUAGGUUUCCCUUCUGCUUCACCUUCAUUUUCCCCGUUACCUAAUUUGGGUGGCUCCUUCUUAUUGCGACCUCGCCGAGUCACUUUUUGACAUACAGUUUCGCGAAACCUGUGUUGAACUGGCCUGUGGUUGCUCCACCGCCGCCCUCCACUCCCCAUCAGCAGUGUCAGAUCAACGCCCGAGUACCAGGAGGUGGGAUUAGACGUUGAAUCUAAUACAGUAUUCGUUUGUCUCUGUCUAAAGGUGACUCGACGUGCGGAGACCAGGAAUAUUAGGCGAUAGACGCAAUCAACAUAUCAGAAAACGAUAUUGAACGUGUAAAUUGUUCAUCUAAUAUAACGGUGGAUAACUGGCGUGGCCUAAGACCACCCUAUUAUUGGCAUUCCGAAGGAGGUACGCAUAACCAUAAGCCAAUCCAACCCUAACCCUGCUUUGCUAUAUAAUUAUAUUUUCUGCUUACGUCCGAGGACACGUCAUAGUUUGUGGAUUCUUGACUCAUUCUAUAUGGUUAACUUGCCGACUCUGUGUUGGCUGAUAAAGCUCCGGAAAGAGCCCUCGAGUGAACAGGUCUGUAUAAUGGAGAAGGAGGCACGAUCGCUGGGACAAGAACUUUAUUAGCCUGACAUUUCAGAGACAAAAGCAGAUAAUGUCUUGCGGAAUCUGUUCAUGCCCUACGCUUUCAGGAAAUGGGUGUCAGAGUUUUCUGUGUGUUACCUUGAAUGUAGCAUGACGGGGCCAAACGAAACACAAUCUCCGGUCUGAGAGGACGUUCAGUCAUCAUCAUUUUCUCGUGCACAAAACACUUAUUUUUUUGCGCCCUGAAUCGAUAUUGUGAUACAUCAUGCAUAUUCAUGAUGCGAGGAAAAUGAAGUGCUCACCGGAUCGAGGGACUUGCAUGGCUGACGUUUCGAAGAGCUGGGGCGACUCUCCAUUACCAAAGCGUCUGGUGAAAAAAUCGAUCAGAAGUUUGAAUGGACAGCAGGAUUAUUUGGCCUUGGUCUGAUCGAUUUUUUUUCUCUUCUUUCGCGGCCUUGGCCUACCGACCGUCGACUUUGAGUGUUGGUGGCCUCCUGUAUUGUGUGUCGUCACCUCAAUUGGGGUUAGUUGCGUUUGCGUUCCCCUUUUGGGUUAAUUGGUCGACAGGUCGUGUUUGCUCGGUAGUCUUAGGCCCCGUAUGACUGUCUUGUCUUCGUCACGGCGUAUGUAGUGACCGAAAGAAGGUCUAGAUUCCUGUUGAUGGAGUUGGCAUCAGAGUACUAAGCCUCAAGUGUGAGACGCUCUGUCCUUGAGGUGCCCCUGCCUAAGACGACUGCUCCUUGAAAAUCAAAACUGUGACCAGUUUUCCCUAUGUGAGUCGCAAGCUGUGAGUUUGGGUCUAAUCUCCGAGUUGCCAGUUUGUGCUCAUGUAGGCGGGUCUGCAAUUUCCAUCCAGUUUCCCCAACGUAGUUGCGGUCUCCGUCGUUACAACGUAUUUGAUAGACAACUGCUGAGGUUUCAGGAGGUGGCAUCAAACGGCACUUCAUUUUCCUCAGAUUAUCAACCCGAAUCUCUUACUUUUGCUAACCUGAUAUUCAUGAUGUGUUUUUUGCCAUACUGACAGCAGGUUGAAUAAUAUGCCAUUCCUGACAGCACAGGUACCAGCCAAAAGCCCAGACACGAGUUUCGCCGAUAUUCUGCCGCUGCAGGACACAGCUGAGAGGGGUUCGGCUCACCAGUGGGUCCCCCAACGUCCCACGUCUGUCUUCUGAUAAAUACUCACCUCCCAAGAUUUCCGCCUCUUAACCUCUUCAGAAAUUAAUAAGCUAGCUUGUAACAAAUCAUUCACAAUAGAGUCCUGUGGGCUCGGUUGGAACGUUAAUAUGAGUAUUUGGGUCGACAUUCAUCAGCGACAGCGAGAUAACCGCGUAAUAUUCAUAAACUACCAACAGGCAGCCAGUACUAUACACAUGUUGCGUGUCUACCAUACUUGACAGUAUAGGUGCCAGCUAAAAGCCCAGACACAUGUUUUGCCGAUAUUCUGCCGCCGCAUGACACAGCUGCAAGGGGUUCGGCUCAUCCGUGGGUCCCCCCAGUGUUCCCCGUGUGCUUUUUGAUAGAUCCUUCAACAUGCAUAUUUCGACCCUUCAAGUCGUCAACCCAAGCUUAACUAUGUUUGUUCUGCUUUGCACUUCACAGGUCCACAGCUUUCCUCUUUGGCAGUGAGAUGCAAGGCUUCGAGGGGUCGUGUGGCCGAGCUGGCAGUUAUUCUGACCUCCCUCUGCCUAGUGCAGGUUAGUUGAGAUCGUGUAUCCUGUUCCGGUUUGAUUUUGAAACGCUUCGUUCUAAUGAAACCGACAGGUAGUUGUUUUUGGAAAGCAAAAGUAAGCUGAUUACAUUUAUGCCAUCAGGCUGUUUGAAUACAAAAAUAAAGCGUAAAAACGCGACCUUUCACUCUAAAAUACUGCCAAUUAGUAACCGUAAACUGGUGGAAAAAGCCCGAGGGUAUUAGUUUGAUGCUCCAAUUCCUGAUGACCACUCACACUAAAGGAGGAAGGGUGAAGGAUAUGCAAUUAAAUCUGCCUCUAGUGGUGACCGCGACUGAGGAUAUGAUUGAAUUUAACCAAGUUGAUGGCCUCACCCCUAAGCCUAUAUCUGAGGCCCAACCCUAAACCACUAGCCCUAACCUCUAGCUAUAAUCCACUAGCCCUCAUGGUAACAGUUGGGGGAGGCGUGAGGAUACACUAACAAAAGGGAAGGAGGGCUAAAUCAAACCUACCUAAAGACUAGGUGGGACCGCAUACCCGAUCGUCACCCCGUGCGCGUUAACGAAACAGUAUCUUCGCCUUCGCUGUUGUCGAAGGAAGCACCGAGUACUUCGCCCCUUACCUGGAAAGCAUCCAGACCUUAGUCGAUAGGGGGAGAAGGGAAGAUGCGGUGUCCAUUGCAGACACGCCCCCAACGCAUGUCCUGCAUAGUCGAGAAAUUGAAUUUCAUGAGCCCAAAUAGUCGGUAAACCAUGAUAGAUGCAUGAAACCUCUGUGUCCAGGGCCAUCCAUGAACGGCAAACCAGUAGGCUCACAGUUUUUUUCUAAAAAUGAGGCGUCAGUUGACAAGGCAGAAACGGGGGCAAAUUAAAGUUGUUGUUUAGCUCACAAGUAAGGCGAACCAGGCCGAUAGCCUAGACCUUUUCGAGGGCCAAACUGGCGUUUCAUUGUGAAUUGGGUUUAUGCAGGCACUUCAUCAUGCGUUAAAAAUCUUACCUCUCGAAAGGGGGGGAAUUUUUGAACAUGUCGGCCUGGGCAAAUUCACUUGUCUGCUUCGAAUCACGACCCGUCCCAUGCAUGGCCCUAAACUGCGUCUUAAAUGUACUUCUACUCCAGUUAAGUUCGGUUUUGGGUCAUUCGGUGAGCGCCAACUCGCAGCAUAUUGCAACGAUAAAUGAAUCCCGGCUUGUCGCCAAGGCGUAAUUCGACUAUCUGUCAACGCAGUUGUUAUUUAGACUGUUUUUCUUAUAAAACUCCGGUCUUUCCCAACACAGGUUAAAAUUAAGGAGAAUUUGUCCGGCCUACUGGGUCUGGUCGGUGAUGCGGUGAGCGCGACAAGUUCGGCUCACCGACAAGGCUUCCUGGACGCCCUCGCCUAUGCAUUUCGCGGCGUUAUUGUUGAUCUCUACGAGACGGAUGAGCUCGGUGAGGAUCCUCCUCCUCUUUCUCCUAAGUUAUAAUUUGUUCGAAAAAUCGGACGGUAGGAGAUUUUCAUACAGUACGCGGCGGGCCCCUUUCACCAAAGCCUUAUUUCAGCCUAAUUGCACAUUGCACGGUAAGGGUAGUGCAUGUGGCCCAGCCUGCGUUUUGUCCCUAAAACCUGUCUACUUAUUUCAUUUACGUAGGUGUGUCAUGUUCGGGUUGCGAUUAGGGUUAAGUUCGCCUGCCGCAUUCCACCUCAUUCCAUUCCGCCCAACAUUAACCAGUAAUCAUGGCGUACAUGUUCUCUGCUCGUUUACGCGCUCUUAGCUUGCAUCUUUCGAACUUAGCGGUCUGUUCCGGUGCGUCGUCGGAAUAAUAAAACAAGCAUAUGGCAGAAAUGUGCAUUUUCUCAAUGCAUUCCGCAGGUACUGUUAACUGCUGCCUCCAUCUGCCCAAGCCAUCAAAUCCCCUCCGGUAUUACGGAAGUCCCUGUGUUAUAUUUGUCAGGUGAGGUCACAUGCGCUAUCGUUGGCAAAGAAACCAUAAGAAAGAAGCCUAUAUGUAAUACUGUAUUUUGUGUUGUGAACGUGCGGCUAUCCAGCUUUAGUCAAUACUUCCUGCUGAAGAGACCCAUUUAGUGGCCGGACCCGCCGAUAGUCACAUAAAAAUCACAUGAGAGUGAAGUGCCUUUAUCUGAUCUAAUUAGAGGACAGACACAGGAUGUCAUUAUAGUUGGCAUGUUUCGCCACCUCUCUCUUAUUCAAAUUCGUCCCAGAAAAAAUGUUUUAACAACUUAAUAGUUUUUUGCUAAAAAAGAGAGGGACAUUGGAAUGAUCAUUUCUAGAUUAUUUGUCGCCAUCAGCCAGUUCUACUCCAGCCGCAAGCUGACGACAACAACUCCGUCAGUAAUAGCCAUUUCCGUCACCCUGGCCAUGUUCGGUGAGCUUCGAUUCUGGAUAGUUGCUCAAUGCAUCACUGCCUGUAGCAGUCCCUAACACAGGCCACGCGGCAGAUGCGCUGGACCAACAUGGGGUCUAUAUCAGAGUCCGGCAGGCGUUACCGGGAAUGCGCGCCCAUAACAAAUUCCAAAAUUGAGGGUGUGGUGGCAGGCCCAGUUGCAGGCUCGCGUCGCGUCAAUUGGGGUCCCAGCCGCCCUGCCUCUAUACUUUUUGUUGUUUAAAAUCCCAGUCAAGUGUUUGUUGCGGACCAGGUGGUGUGGUGGUUUGUCUAGGUGCAGGCUUACGCCGUGCCAGUCACCUGCGGCCACUCCGGUCUCCUUGAUCUUGUCAUGACAUCGGGUCCAGGCGGGGAAGGAGAAGGGAAUGGGGUAGAUGAUGCGCAAGUCUACUACCACUGUAAACUAAUUCACGCUCAAUUCACUGUUCCUGCGCCGCCAAGCUGUGGAGCACAUGGCGGACGUCGCCGAAAUCGACGGCCGAGCUGUCGUUAUCGCCUGUGUGGGCUCUAACCGGAAGGUUAAGUGCAGAAAGUGGCACCUGGAUUCCAUCGUACAAGUGAAACAGAUAACAAACACCUCGUUCUUCCCCCAUCCCCCCGCUUACCGUCCCCGUGGCGGCUGCAUACAGAAGACAAUCGACAUGGUCAUGAGCCAGCUGUAUGCCCUGUUUCUGAAGCGCUUCGGUUAGAAUGAAAUAUAACCACCAUCCCUGAAACCAAACCCCAGACAGCGCUGUAUCCUGUGAGCGUGACGGACAACUCCAACGUAUUGUUGAGUGCCAUUCCUAAUGCUUUCGAGAAUUGCACCAGUAGGACCACCCCAAAAUAAUGUCAUCGCAUCUUAGUGCGCACAUCUGUCCCAUUAUGUCGCCGUUUAAAGUUACCACAUUUUCUUUUUUGCGGUUUUAUGAUGUAUGUUGCCACCAGGAAGAUUAUGACGGUGAUCAUACUUUCAGAUUUAUCACUUCCGGGGUCGGGGCCAAACGUUGAUUGAACUAUUGUGGUCCAAGGAAAUGAAUAUGGCCAAAAUACUAUCGAAAGUAUCAUUCCCAAAGUUUAUAACCAAAUGCAGAAAUCUACCCGGAGAAAGGACGUAGCAACCAGAUAAGCAUGGAUUUCAUGAGGGUGGUGUGGCGGACGGUUAUAUUUCAGUCUUGUCAACGCCUCUUUAUUGCUUCUCGAGUUUUUUUUUUCUGUUGAAAGCCCUCUUUCGUCAACCCUUGGACACUUUUAGCUGAAAUUCUGUCAAUCAUUUCACAGUAGUUGUGCCUUAUUUCCGCCCGCAACUCUAAGCUCCGUGCACUUGUAGACGACCGUUGUCCUGAGGGGGUAAAAACCCUUUGAGAAGGGAGACAUAAACAUCCAGACAUUACCUAACGGGGGAACUAAAUUAUUUACGGACAUAUCUAACUAAAAUAAGUCAACAAGAAGCGGCGGGGCGUGCAUGUGUUGUGUUAACUGUCCUAUCCACUCUUCUGUUUCAGAUGAACGAAUAGAAGAUUUCUCAAUCAUACUCAAGGCCCAAUCCUACUUUUUCCGUGCUCUUCUUGCUCGUGUCUACGAGGAGUAAAGUUACCAUGCAAUUUCUUAGGAGUUCCUGAUGGAAAAAUCAAAAACAAACCCGAACCCCCACGACGUUUUUUGCAUCUUUUGUUAUUUUUUUCCUUUUUGUUACUUUGGAAGUUUUUUGCGCCACGUCUGGUUUUGCCUCCUGUUUGUUCUCUUUUGAAGACACCUUUUUGUGUUUUGUUGACGAAUAAACACGUUAGUUUGCUUAACUUGUCUCGGCAUUCUGUACUAGGCGGGGAGGGAGAGGGGGAAGGAACGACUACGCAUAUUUGGGUGCCUUUUAGAUGGCACACCUUGUGGCUUUUCCAGCAACAUCCCGGGUUCUUGUUGCAAAGUUGAGUGCACGAUCAUUGGGACAGCACGUGUAUUAGUCUAAGCUGAGGAUCACGCUUCCCACUUAGGUGAGGGGCUCUUGUUUCGAGCCUGAGGUGGGUAAUGUGGGACCAAUUUAUGUGGCGAUGGGAUUGUGUCUGCAUUGGUUUGCCGCAUGGGGACGCAUGUGGCCGAGUUGACCCAUGCGAUAUCACCGUAGGAGACUCGUCAAGACAGGCGCUCGUCAUCGAUCCUCGCGAGGUGGCUGUUCCAUCCCAAUUUCAGUUGCCUCAGCAUGGCGUGGGUGCUGAGAAUUCCGGUUUGCUCGAGUACUUUUGUGUCCAGAAUCCUGUCUUGCCACCUCAGUUUCAGUACUCUUCGGAAAAACUGAGGUGGAAGUGGUCGAGUUUCCUGCGCUUGGGUCCCAUAGAUUGUCCGGGUCUCUGCUCCGUACAGCAGUAUGGUCAAGAUGACAGCCUUAUACAUCUUGACUUUGCUUUGAGAUGGAGACCACUGCGAAUAUACACCGAGUCCUGCAGCCGACCGAAGGCCUGGCUGGCUUUCCCUGGAGAUCCGGUGGGUCACGUCGUUGCUAAUUUUCAUGCUGAGUGAGAGUAUACUGCCUAAAUAGGCGAAAUUACCGGAGGGUUGGAGGUCGGUGCCGUGGAAGGUGGUGCGAGAACACCUUGUAUUCAGUGUUGGGUGACGGCUGACGUCUCCCCACCGGCUUGUCCGUGUUGAUGGUCUGCCCUAAGUUUGAGCAGCCGGAGGCGAAGAGACUCAUGUGCCGUUGCGUAUCCGGCUCCGCUGCGGUGUGGCACGCGUAGUCUUCCGCGAAGAGCAGGUCACUGACAGAAUUCGUGGAGAAACGCGUUCAGGUCUGCAUGUGCCGGUCGUCCGUCCUGUGGAUGAUGCGGAUUCCGGGUCGCUCCUCACAGUAGACGUCCAUCAGCGCGGCAGAGGGCGCGAUACUGAAGGGGGUGGAAACUGGUAUGCAGCACUGCCAUACCCUAUUCUUUACAGCGAAUGCUUCUGAGACUAUCCCAUUGUCCGUGGCGCGAGUCGUCUUUCGUCGCUCAGUCGAAUUUUUGUACAAUCCUCCCGAGUUCAACGCGAUUUACUGUGUCGACUGCUUUUGGCAGGUUCACAAAUGUAGUGUAGAGGUGGGUUCGAAUUUCCUGACAUUUCUCUUGCAGCUGACAAACGGCGAAGAUCAUGUCGAUGGUUCUGCAGCAUCUUCGGGAAAUACGAUGGCUUCGCGGGAGAAGCUUUUCUCCAAGAUAACCGUUGGGACGAUUGAGAACGAUGUGAGUGAGGGUCUUCCCGACGAUCCUGAACAGUUUGAUUCCCUUGUGAUUAUCACAAGAUUGCCCGUGCUCUUACCGCUUGCAGAGAUGGAAGAUUGCUGCAUCCUUGAAAUUCUGAAGAACUUGUCCUUGAAGUCACAUCUCCUGGAAUAUCCUUGCGAGUUUGUUCGUCGGUCGGAGGCCGCCGCGCUUACAGACUUCGACAGGAGUCGAGUCAGAGUCCGAUGCUCUCACAUUCGAGAGUUGAUACACACCUAG